CACCGGCGACAAAGUUAACUCCUGAACUUCGUAGCCAUCACAAAAAUUGUGAUUUAUAAAAUAGCAGGGGAAACGGCGGCAGCGGGCUGACAUGGCAUUUCGCCGACGGAACAAGAGUUACCCUUUCUUCAGCCAGGAGUUCCUCAUUCAGAACCAUGCCGACAUCGUCUUCAGUUUUGUCAUUUUCAUUUUGAUUGGGUUGAUGUUUGAGGCUACAGCCAAGACGGCCAUACUGUUCAUUCAGCCUCAGUACAAUGUCACCACGCUAUCAGCAGAGGGAGAGGUGACGCUGUACCAGUACGGAUGGAAGGACUCUGCCACCAUCCUCUUCUAUUUCUUCAUCGCCAUCAUUCUCCAUGCGGUAGUGCAGGAGUAUCUCCUGGAUAAAGUGAACCGGCGUCUCCACCUCUCCAAGAGCAAGAACACCAAGUUCAACGAGUCGGGUCAACUGUGCGUGUUUCACUUUGUUUCCAGUGUGUGGAGUUUUUACCUUCUCAUAACGGAGGGAUAUCUCCUGCAUCCCAGCAGCCUUUGGGAGAACUAUCCCCAUGCUCACCUCAGGUUUCAGGUGAAGUUUUUCUACCUCACUCAGCUGGCCUACUGGCUCCAUGCCUUGCCAGAGCUCUACUUCCAGAAAGUACGCAAGGAGGAGAUUUCUCGCCAGCUGCAGUACAUCAGCCUGUAUCUUCUGCACAUCUCGGCAGCCUAUUUGUUAAACUUGAGUCGUGUGGGUCUGGUCCUUCUCUUCCUGCAGUACGUGUCAGAGCUGGGCUUCCACAUCGCCAGACUCUUCUAUUUCACUGAUGAGAACCAUCAGAAAACGUUUGACCUGUGGGCGAUCAGCUUUGUGUUUACACGAAUGGUCACUCUGACCCUGAUGUUCCUGGCCGUCGGGUUUGGUUUGGCUCGCGCCGAGAACCAGGGGCUGGACUUGGAGAUGGGAAACUUCAACACUGUACUGAUAAGGAUGAUCGUUCUACUGCUGGUAUGUUUGACCCAAUCUUGGCUCCUCUGGAAGUUCAUCCGCUUCCAGCUGAGGCGCUGGAGGGAGUUCAGACACGAGCAGGCUCUCCGCAAGAAGGCUGCCCCAAAACAACCCCUACGGACACUCAAGAGAGACUCGCAUCACAGUAAAUGUUCUGCCUUAGUAGACAUCCUGACUUCUCACCUCCCUCUCUCCCUGCCAGUUGGUCACCAUGAAAAUGGCGUUCUUAAAGCGGAGAACGGAGCCUCUCCUCGGACCAAAAAACUCAAAUCCACCUAAGAUUAACACACAGACUGGACAGCGGCCUUAGCCCAGGCUAAGGUCUGUCUCAACAGCAAACAACGGGGGGAACCGGAGGCCAGCUGGCCACCGGGCUCCUGGUCGACUCAUGUCCCGAGAAGUUACGGGGGACUCAGUCGCUGCAGACUUAGGCUUGAAUGCUGGAAAAUGAAAACAAAGGAAAUCUCUUGAACCCAAAAGACAUUUACUCUUCUCAAUCGUAUCAGUAUUUUUAUACAUCUACGCAUCCUAAUGGAACACCACCGUAUGCAGAAAAGCACACUGCGCGUGUCAGUGUUGGAUGCGUUUGUGCGUCAUACACGAGUACUGUAUUAGCUGUAGUGUUUGUCUGAUAUUGAAGCUGUUUGCAGCUCUUCCCUUUGAAGAAAACAGGCUUUGCUUGUUUUCUGCUCUGAUUCACAGGAGCAAUAAUUAAAAUGUUACUGAUGAUAUGCUACGAGCUUACUGUAUGCUGGCCUCAGCGUUAUCGCUCUCCCGUGUCAGGGAAGGGAUUCUGGCCAAACAAUAGUUUUCACCCGAGGAUCCUCCCGAUGAUUUACAUCUUGUCUAAAAUUCCUACAUUCUCUCACUGGUCACUUAAUAGAUAUGUAUCAAGUAUGUAUGUUGGAUAUUACCGCAUGCCAUUCCAUGUUUUGUUUUUUUUCAUUCUUUCUUUUAAAUGAUUUGUUAAUUUCUUUAUUAAAAAAACAACGCAAUUUUCUGAAAAAGA